GUCUGACGUCAGCAUGCGUCGUGUGGGGAUUGGAAUGCUACAAUACAGUCGGAACUGGAAGCUCGCGGAUUAAAGUGCUGGAAUGUAUCAUUCGCGUCAGAUACGCGCUUUCAUGGUAACACGAGGAAUGAAACCUUGACGAUUUGUUGUUUUAUUUUUAGGCAACUCUAUAUAAACGCAGGGUUACAAAGGCAGCCAACCUUCGCGCGUCAACAUUGUGGAUUUAUCACAGCAAAAUAUGUAAGAAUACACGAAUUUGUCGGGAUUUCCUGUUUUGGGAACUUUCUCCUCAAAAGCCACACGCAUAUGAGAUGUCACCGAUCUCCAGUCUAUCCUUGGUAAUGGACAUUAACCAUCUAUACCUGACAUCUGAAUGCUGCUGCUUGUAAAUUCUCCAAACUGGAUUUCGAGAACACUUCUUUUGAAGUACUUUCUGAUGGAGCGCGUAUGUCAGCAGUUUGGAUCAACAUUUCUAAUAUGAUAAAACCAGGCACGAGAGAAGACAUAGGCAGAUCCAUAUAAAGGGUUUAGUUUUAAUCGCCCACAUGCGCUGGAUUUGGGAUUGGAAUCAGAAGGUGGAAGUUGAGAGCAUCAAAUCCCUGCAGGUUUGUGGAAGAUGCUGUCAAGCUGGAGUUAAGAUCUUUGGAUUCAUCAGCAAACACCUCCAUCUGGUUCAAAGGACACAUGCAGGCCAAAAAACGCUAUUUAUUUCUCUUCUCUGCAGGCUUAUGUAUCAUUCUGCUCUUUUACCUGCAAGGACCAGCAUUCAGGAGUCCGGACAGACGGGAUGACAACCAUUCACUCUGGCCCCACUUUUCAGGUCCUCUACGAGCCUUCAUUCCCUGGGACCAGACCGAGACGAAAGACUAUAACAUCCGCACAUCUCCGAGAAACAAGAGAGAUGAAAGCCCUGGAGUUUAUAAGUGCAGAAUGGACUCUUGCUUUAAUUUCUCCUUGUGCAAAAGGAAUGGCUUCAAAGUUUACGUUUACCCUCAACAAAAGGGCGAGAAGAUCUCAGAAAGCUACCAGAAUAUUUUAUCCUCCAUUGAGGCGUCCAGGUUCUACACAUCUGACCCGGGUCAAGCUUGCCUCUUUGUUCUGAACUUGGACACCCUGGACCGAGACCAGCUGUCUCCCCAGUAUAUACACAACCUCAAAACCAAGAUCCAGAACUCGAACCUGUGGAAUAACGGGAUGAACCAUCUCAUAUUUAACCUGUACUCUGGGACGUGGCCUGAUUAUACAGAGGAUUUGGGCUUUGAUAUCGGUCAAGCCAUGUUGGCCAAAGCCAGCAUCAGUACCGAGAGUUUCAGACCCAAUUUUGACAUCUCCAUCCCUUUAUUUUCCAAAGAUCACCCCAGGACCGGAGGUGAAAGGGGGUAUUUGAAAUAUAACACAAUCCCUCCCUUUAGGAAGUAUAUGCUGGUUUUUAAAGGCAAGCGCUAUUUGACUGGGAUUGGGUCUGAUACCAGGAAUGCGCUGUAUCAUAUCCAUAAUGCUGAAGAUGUGGUUCUGCUCACCACAUGCAAACAUGGCAAAGACUGGCAAAAGCACAAAGACGCUCGCUGCGACAGGGAUAAUGCAGAAUAUGACAAGUAUGAUUAUAAAGAAAUGCUGCACAACUCCACCUUCUGUAUGGUUCCUCGAGGACGUCGCUUGGGCUCCUUUCGGUUUCUGGAGGCACUGCAGGCUGCUUGCAUUCCCGUCAUGCUCAGUAAUGGAUGGGAGCUUCCCUUCUCCGAGGUCAUCGACUGGCGUACGGCUGCCGUCAUUGGAGACGAGAGACUUCUUCUGCAGAUCCCAUCUACCGUGCGCUCUAUCCAUCAGGAUCGCAUACUGUCUCUCCGGCAGCAGACGCAGUUCCUGUGGGAAGCCUACUUCUCUUCUGUUGAGAAGAUUGUGCUCACUACAUUGGAGAUCAUUCAGGAUCGAGUGUUACAGCACAACGCCCGCAGUACGCUCAUGUGGAACCGGCAGCCGGGUGGACUCUUCACUCUUCCUCAGUACUCAUCAUACCUGGGCGACUUUCCCUUCUUCUAUGCCACAAUGGGUGUUAAACCACAGCAGAAGUUCACAGCUGUCAUUCAUGCCGUCACACCUUUAGUGUCUCAGUCUCAACCCAUAUUCAAGCUGUUAGUGUCUGUGGCCAAAUCGCAAUAUUGCUCUCAGAUCAUUGUCUUGUGGAAUUGUGAUAAGCCUUUACCUGCUAAGCACCGCUGGCCUUCCACGUCUGUCCCCGUCAUUGUAAUCGAGGGUGAAAACAAGGUGAUGAGCAGCCGCUUUCUGCCCUAUGAUGUCAUCAGUGCAGAUGCGGUGCUGAGUCUGGAUGAAGAUACGGUGCUUUCAACCACUGAGGUGGAUUUUGCCUUUACUGUUUGGCAAAGUUUCCCAGAGAGGAUUGUGGGAUACCCAGCACGAAGUCAUUACUGGGAUGUCAACAAAGAGCGUUGGGGCUACACGUCCAAGUGGACCAAUGACUACUCAAUGGUGCUUACUGGAGCUGCUUUCUACCACAGGUAUUAUAACUACUUGUAUACUCACUACCUGCCGACCAGCUUGAGGACGAUGGUUGAUCAGCUGUCUAACUGUGAAGACAUCCUCAUGAACUUCCUCGUGUCCUCUGUCACUAAAAUGCCUCCUAUCAAAGUCACUCAAAAGAAACAGUACAAGGAGACAAUGAUGGGACAGACCUCACGAGCAUCACGCUGGGCGGAUCCCGACCACUUCGCCCAGCGGCAGACCUGCAUGAACACAUUUGCCAGCUGGUUUGGCACGAUGCCUCUGGUGCAUUCACAGAUGAGACUGGAUCCUGUUCUGUUUAAAGACCAGGUGUCAAUCCUGCGCAAGAAGUACAGAGACAUCGAGAGACUCUAACGAAACUCGGAUCACCUUCCCUUUGAAAAGGGAUGAAAACAGGAUGUGGAAACCCCCAGAACCCUGCGCCAGAUAAACAGGGCAUGAAGGGGGGUAUUGAAUCCUUCAGGGAGAAGCAAAUCAAGAUGGGGCAAAGUGUUGAGCUAGAUGAAAUACAGAUGCCGUAACAUCAAAAAGGUUUGGCAAAGUAUUACAAUUAGGUCGUGGUUACGUUGAUGUUAUUUGGCGUUUGGAUUCAGCACAACACAAAGACCAAAAGCCAUUUGUGGCAGCAUUCUGUCUUCCAAGCCCCCUCUUGUGAUGCUUUGCCAAUGACAAUGGUGACCAUGGCAACGCACGCCGUGACGGGAGCCGUGCACACUGAUCCACACAUCAGAGUCGGAAUAUGAAUUACUGCACAUCUGGAACAGACUGGUGGUCUUCGUAAUAGACCCCUAUUGUAAAGCCGGACUGGAGGAGUCAGAAGGUUACCUGCGAGUUAUUAAUGCAUAUUUAUUUAGUUUGCCUUCUGUUACUGUGGCAAGUGUUACUCCCUUUUUAAAGACGCAGGGCAACGUCCUGAAAUGGUGCGUGCAAGUCCUUCACGCCGGUCACAGUGCCUGAACUUUCAGAUGAGAGGUCUGAGAGUCCCAAGGGGUUUUGUAUGAAUGCACAAACACCUUGUUCAUGCUGCUUAUGUCUGGAUUUAGUGUAAAGAAAUAUGUUUUUAAAGGGGUCAUAUGACGUUGCUAAAAAGAACGUUAUUUUGUGUAUUUGGUUUAAUGCAAUGUGUUUACGCAGUUUAAAGUGCCAGACAGAUCCAAUAUCGAAAAUUACCUGUAUUGCAGAGUAUCUUAUAGCUAUCCAUUAAUGUAAACGAUUAGUUAAACCAAAAAGUGCAUGAUAAAUAACGUUAUUGGCUUCUAAAGUAGGGAGUCGACUCUGAAUCGCUGAAAUGAUUCGUCAUAUAGUUCGAAUCUUCUGCCUGUUUUUAUUUAAGUAGAUACGAACACUUUGCAUAAUAAUCUCCGCCUACAGUCUUGCACGGGAGAAAAAAAACUCUUACCUGCCCACAGACACUUCAGCUAGUUAGUGUGUAAACAUCAUGUCGAGAAGACACUGUGUUUUCAGCUAUAAAGCCAGUUUGCGUUGUUUUCACUACCAAAGGAUAAAGAUGUGAAGAAUCAGUGGUUAAAAUUACUUUUUCAAGGCAGGAUUUGCUAAACGCUUGCCCAUGAAAGAUGGUUCAGUACCCACUUUAGAGUGUUUUGAAUGUCAAGUUUACUGUAAUGUCUUAUCAGUAAGUUGCGCUAGCAAGCGGAUAACACAUGUUGCAGUUAAGUUUCUGUUUACUGUUUAGCUAUGGCCCAGUUUGCUUACAUGCUUGCGGAAAUGAGUUUAAAAAUGUUAGUUUCUGUUGUCGUUUUUAUUACUUUUAUUACUAAUGAAUGAUGUGUAAUGAUGUCGGUUUUCAAAGUCUUAAUGUCUUGUCAGUAAGUCAUGUUAGCACUAUUGUUUAGGGAUGCACUGAAUAUCAAAAUGGCCCAAAAGAGCAUUUCCGUUUUUUGUCCGAAAGACUUUUAUCACCGAAACAAUACAGCCGAAAUGUUGUAAUGACGCAAACAGAAACCGCGACCUGCACAUGCUUGUCUAAAGCAACAUGUCUGUGGUGUGGAUGUAUUUCAAGUAUCCCUGUGUCUCAAUUCGUUCCCUAGCUCCCGAGGAAGUGAAUCAGUACGGAUCAUGUAUCGGCUCGCAUGCGAUUCGUGGAUAAAAUGCGAAAAUUUAAGUAGGAAAAGUUUAUCAUUUGCAUGUGUUUCAAAGGCUUGCAAAUGUUAACAUUCAAGUGAUUUUAAACAAUUUACCGCAAAAAGGCGCUAAAGUGAGCAGCUUUCUGUACGCACAGACGCACAUGCGGUUGAAUGUGUCCGGGCCAGCUCCAGGCAGACGUGAUCAUCCCUAUGCCCUUCAAAUAUCAGAACUUUUUAUGUGUAAACUUUAGAGAGAGUUGCGCUACUAUGUCUCAAAUGAUAAUCCAUUAAAAUACAUUUGGCGAAUAGAGCAAUAAAAACAACAGAAGUUUUUUUUGUGAAGAGACUGUCUGUGUGUGUGCGCGCAGUAGUACACAGAGAGACGCCUUUUAAAAAGCAAGCGAACAUAAAAAGCAGGGCACAUAGAAACAAAAUGAUCUCCACAGUACUCUUUUUCUAAUAAAAACAUUUGUUUAUGUCUUAAAGGUGCAGUGUGUACAUUUUAGCGGCAUCUAGUUGUGAGGUUGUGAAUUGCAACCAACGGCUCAGUCCCUGCUCAUCUCUUGCUUUUGAAACACAUUUAGAAGCUACGGUAGCCGCCACCGGACAAACAUAUCAUCAUUGGAGACAACUUAGUAAAAAAGUUUGUCCGUUAAGGGCUUCUGUAGAAACAUGGCUGCACAAAAUGGCGGCUUCCAUGUAAGGAGACCCUCUGUGUAUGUAGAUAAAACGUCUCAUUCUAAGGCAAUAAACACAUAAUGGUUCAUUAUGAAAGGUCUUUAUACACCCCUGAUAAUUUAGUUUUGAAUAUUAUUUUGCAUUUCUGUCAAGAGAUCCUUCUAAAAAUUACACACAGCACCUUUAAGUGUAUGUAUAGAUCACAGUCAGAAACCAGUCUGUGCUUAUUUGGUCUUAAAGAGACAGUAACCUCAAUUAACCUACUUAAUUCUGUGUCAUUAAUGUUACUCAAACAACCCAUGACAAAGAGAAAAUCACUUCUGAAGCUCUAGAAAAAAUAAUCAUAUUUAAUUUUUACAAAAAAGACAGUAUUAUGAUUCAUUUAAUUUGAUUUCUGUACCUAAUGCUAAUUUCAGACCUUACUUAAUGUGCAACUUUUAUUGGCAUCAUUUUUUUUCCCGUUUUGGUUUUCGGCCUUGAUUUCCUCUUUUUCGUUUUCGGACAACAAUUUUCAUUCCGGUGCAUCCCUACUAUUGUUGGACUGUGCGGAGACUGUGUCAGUUGACCAAUCAGAGCAGAGUAGGCUACCGAAAGGUGGGGUUUAGGCAGACACAUUAUUAUUAAACACAUUAUUUUCCACAUUAUUAUUGCUCUUCUAUUUUUUAAAACACGUCAGCUUUGACAAAGCUCAUUGUUCUAGAAAGCGCAGUGUGCUCUGAUUGGCCAUCUAUCCGUUACGUUGCUAUUGGCCGGAUACCUGAAGCGUAUGACAGAAAUGAUACGUCCCUUACCAUAUUUGGAAUAUCAGCUCCUAAAGCACAGGGUCUUCACGACAUGGUUGCGGCAAUCGACAACAACAACACUACAGCGAUAAUAAAAGUUAGCCCUUUUUUCAUUUGCAUAUACAUCUGGGCGAUGUUAUGCAAAUCUUCCCACACAAUGACGUAGAUAUGUGGGGGCGGGUUUGAAUGAGGUGUUUUAGACCUUCACUUUUAGAAAGACUUUACCGAUCUAUUUUAUGCAAAGCUUUUAAAACUCCAAAGACAAAGGAAAACAUAAAAAUCACAUCAUAUGACCCCUUUAAAUUAGCCUAAAGGUUAAUUCCCUUUAGCCUUUGAUUUUGUAUUUUAGAUGAUAAAGACCCAGUGCCACAAGCUUGUCUUGUGUUUUUAUCUGGUUUAAAAAGUCUUAUGGGUGCCGUGGCAUAUUGCUGGCCACAUGCACACCGCAGCUAAACACAGCGAUUACUUCUAGUUUAAAAUCAGCAGAAUAAACAAAAAAUACUGCAUCUGUUGACAUACACGAAUACGUCUGCAAUCACCACAUUUCUUGUUUACACACUUGAGACGCCAAAAUUCAUUUAUAUGCCACUGUUUCCCCAAAACUUUGAAGUGUAUAUGUGGACAGUUUAUAUUUCUCAGUAACUCACAAGCACACAAGAAAAAUAAAUAUAACACUAAUUUUGUGUAAACACAACAAACAGAUGAAUUAAUGAUAUUAAAUUGAUUGUGGGGUUAGGAGAGGUCAUCAUUUAUUCACAGCUUCAGGACCAGUCAAAUAAGUCUUUCAUUCAUUUUCUGUUUUAAUCGUUUUCUGAAUAAUGAACUCAUUAUCUGUGAGAUCCCUCUUGAAUAUGGAUUAAUAGAGGAGGUUUUUCUAGUGCUGAAUGUUUUUGAAGUAAUAGAUAUACAACAUUUAAUGUAAAUGAAUGAAUGCUGUUGGGAAGUCUGGAGGUAAAAUUUGUCAAAUUCAAUGGCCAGAAGGUGAAUCUAAAUGUGUCCCUGUCAUGCCAUUUAAUCUAUAUCUACAACAUUUACCCUGUUAAAUAACAUGAUUUAGUAUUAUACAAUAUAGGCCUGGGUGGUAUGGCAGUAUGUAUCAAGUGAUCAUUUGUUAUUUGUAAAUAUGAGUGUAUUGAGUUGUGUAUUGUAUUAUUCAAUCUUUGGGGUUUGCAUCCAAAAGAGGAAAUAAAUAAAUGAUAUUUUGGUGUAAAUGAUUUCCUGUCCAAAAAUAACCACCAAGACUAUUUAAUAUAUAAGCAAUUCUUUAAUCAUUAUAUAUAAAUACUCGUACUAUAAUUUAAUACUUUGUCAUACCACCCACCCCUAUAAUACAUCUUUAUCUCUUAUUUUUGUUUUAAGUCAUCUAUGAGACUAGCAUAUUAGAAACUGGAUUUUGGAGUCUUUCUGAGGGAUUUUACUGUGUUAUAUUAUUUUUUUAUUUUUUUAACCAGUCAAAAAAGGACAAAUCCAACCUGUUGGGUUGUAAUUUAACCAAUGCUGUAGUUUUAACCCAUUAUUCAGGGUUUCCAUGGGUCCUUGAAAUCCUUGAAAGUUUGUGAAUCUGGGGAAAAAAUUCAAAGCCCUGGAAAGUUUUUGAAAUAUACAUACAUAGAUACAGGUCAUUGAAAGUGCUUGAAUCUAUUUUAUGCAAGAAGUUUUCUGGAAAAAAAUCCAUAUUAUUGCCUGUGUAGUCAGAGGCGUCAUGCCCAUUCAAACUGAGGGGGCACGUGCCCCCUUGGUUUUUUUGAGCCAAUGGAUUUUGCAUCCAACCUCAAAAUCAAAUAAGCGUCCAUUAAUCUGUUAUUUGACUUUUAAUCUGUUUAAUAUGCACAAUAUUAUACAUUAUGUGCUGGAUCCUUGUCACUUUUCGGAGAUUUUCGACGUUUUGAUCAUGUUACAUUACUUUUAUUCUGGCGGCAGCUGGCGCUGCAGUCAGCGCAGUCGCAGACGUCAUCAGCGUCUGGGCGCGCUCACGAGCUCUCUGCUGUUGCUGGCUUGCUGCUGCAUUUGGCUGAGGAAUUAAAACGUGUUAGAAACGCUCACAACAUUUCCAAACCCCAGUACGGUAAUGUGCAGUUAACCUCCUCUGUGUAGAAAAUGUAUGGUUUUAAAUGUGACCGUCUUAACGUUAUAUCAGUAGAGAUUCAUCUUCUUGGCACAACGCCAAAGUUCGCCAGAGUUCACUCGGGCGCGGAAUCUCACAUGCUCACAUAUAAGGUAAAAUUUAAUGGAAAAAUCUGUUCCUCUAAUAAUUUUAUCUAAACGUAUUUUUUAAAAUCAUUAUUGAACAUUAAAAUCAAUCACGUGGCUAUAGCUUAUGUCAUUUUCGUUGUUUAUAUUCUUUAUGGAUUUAAAAUUACAUUAAUUUUAUAUGAUGCAGUUGUUGUGCAAAAUGCAUAAUGACACAAUUAAACAAGUCUUUUAUUAAGACUUAAAUAAAUAAAAUAUGCCGUUUCAGAUGUAAAUAUGAUGCAAAUGUGUCAUUAUUCCGAUUGAAUAGUAUUUGAUAUGAAAGUUAGUCAACACUUUUAUUUUGGAGGUUUUUGCAUGAAAGCAGGGGUUUUCAGAUUGUUAGAAAUGUAAGUGCCAUGGAAAAGACUGAAAGCUCUAUAAUAUUUCGUUUGAUGUCUGUGUAUGCACAAAUUUCUGUGAGCUGUUGACACUGUGCCCCCUUAAAAAAAUUGGUGCAUGACGCCCCUGUGUGUAAUGUAGGAUAAUAUCAUAAACAUUUCUAGACUUUAUAAGCACACGUGCUAAACUGUUCGCUUUAAAUGCUUAUAUCUUCUCUAUGUGAAUGUUGAUUCAUACCAAAAUGCUUUUUUGCAUAGUUGUGUUUGACACGUGAAAAUAUCUCAGGUUACGUAUGUAACUGUUGUUUUCUGAGAAGGGAACGAGACGCUGCGUCUCCCUUGCCAUACUUCCUGCAUCCCUGUAACGCCAUCUUUGGCAAAAUUUCAGAUAGCGAUAUACUUCCUGACUCUGUCUUUGUCGUUAAGACUCACCAUUGGUUGAAUUUAAUAUACACAUUCAGACACACUUACCCCUGGAGGCGUCCACAAAGUGUCACCGCAGUGACGCAGCGCGAGUUCCCUCGAAAGGGAACUGUAACAAUGUAUCUUAAAAGGUAACACGAUGUAACCUUGCUCUCACUUGAAAUGUGUCCCCACAUUUAGUCCUUGAAUUUGAGGGUAUUGGACCUGGAAAGUCCUUGAAAGAUCCUUGAAUUCAAAGUUAACUAAAGUGUGUGGGAACCUUGGUAUUGGGUCGAAUAUAAACAUUUUUGCUGGGAGUAUAAGGUGAGAAAUUGACUACAUAUGAUAGAGAAACUAGGUUAAACUCAGUAUUAUUAAAAGCACAUGGUUCAGAUGUUGGAAUCCCUGGUAAAGGUCUGGUAGAGUUAACUGGUUGUUGCACAAGAUAGCAGUCAGUCAAGGUACGCUCUAAAAAAGUUCUAGGUUAAAAUGUUGGGUUGUUAAUAUUUACCUCAACAGUGGGUUAAAACAAUGCAGCUUUUUGGGUUAAAACAUCUCGGUUAAAUUACAUUCUAACAUGAUGGAUUCGCCCCCUUUUCACACAGCGUUGGGUUCAAAAUAACCCAGCAUUUUUUUGUAUAUCAGCUGUGAAAUGCUAUUGAAUGUUUGCAAGACCAUGACAUCGAAUAACGUCAGUGAAUGAGUGUAAAACAAUAGACUUUAGUCAUGUAUAUCAGGAUCAAGACUCACAUGUGUCCUGUCAAAGCUUUUUCUUUGUCUUAAAUCAAUGUGCCUUUUCUCAGCACAUCUCUCAGUUAUUUUGUUCACCUUUUUUUCUGUUCUUGUCUGCUAACGCAACAUAAUUUUGCUUUCUUUGUCAAACACUGGAUUUUUAUGUCAAUAGUAAUCGAAAAGCAUCUUUAAAUCUGAUGUGAAGUAAAUGGCCGUUUAAAGCCUGUGAUGGGUCGAGAGGUCUUUACUCUGAACGGUUACGGUUCUGACAUUCCUGCGGUUUUGUAGGAACAUCUUGCUUUCGCACGGCCUUGUGUUUGUACAUGUAUUAUCCCGACAUGAGGACUUCGUUUUGUUGUUUUUUUUUGCUUUGUCCUUGGACCCUGUAAAGACUUUAUUUUACAUUAUAAUGAUGAACAAUAACAAGAUCAGAUUUUUUAAAGAUAAAAAAAAAUGGUUUUAUAAAAAAUAAAUGAUAUUUGAUAACUGC